UCUUCUUUUUUUUUCCAGUUUCUUUAAUUGAACGUCGCAUUUUCUUUUUUCCUCAUUUCUCUUGCUUAAUUACUCUGGAGUAAUUUGAUCCCCUUCCUUUUUUCAGCAUGACUUUCGAUGGUUCUUCCGUCAGUGAGACGUCUCCCCUUCUACCCAAUGCCACCACAUCCGUUCCUGUCUGCUCUCAAGGAGGACGGUGCUGUGCCGUUAUCGCCACCUCCUCCUCCGAAUCGAAACUUCCCACUUGCUGCUCAACGGCAUCCCCGUCAUUAGGUCAACCUGGCAAUGACGACGAUUACUGCCAUCUUGCUGAUCAGCCAUGGAAAUAUAAAGCCGUGGCGCUAACAUGCGCUCUGUUACUAGCAGUCGGUAGUCAUUUUGCGGCACAUACAUUGGGGGCCAUGAAGCCAAUCAUUAAACAGCAUUUCGGUAUCAGCAAUUCACAAUAUGGCGUACUACAAUCCACUGUAUCCAUUGUCAAUACGGUGCUGCCUUUUGCCAACGGGAUCUUGAUCGACGCAUUUGGCACCAUUCCAGGGUCCAUUUUUACCACCCUAUUGAUCACUUCCGGAAAUGUCCUGGUAGCCUUGUCCACCCACUCCAGCAGUUUAUCCAUGAUGAUCCUCGGUCGGGUUCUCUACGGUAUCGGCAGUGGGGCAGUCGUCAUUGUCCAAGAAACCAUUCUGAGUCAAUGGUUCAAAGGUCGUCACCUCGCUUCCGUCGUCGCUCUCAUGCUUACCGUCAGCCGUUUGUCUUCGUUUCUUGCCCAAGCGACGGUGGUGUUCAUUGCCAAAUGGACAGGCUGGUAUGGCUAUGCCUUUUGGUUCUCGGCAUUGCUGUGCGUCUUUUCAUUGGUGGUCAAUCUUGUUUACAUUGCCUUGUUGCGCAAAGUAUCGACAAAUUCAUAUGCCUGUCAGGCACAAAUCAACGUCAUCAAGAGAAAGAAAUCAUUCCAAUGGUCCAAACUUAUGUACCUGCCUCACUCCUUUUGGCUUAUUGUUGCCAUGGAAUUCCUCCUUGGCGGUGGUUGGGGUUGCUUCUUGCACAUCAAUAGUGAAUUUGUAAAGGUUCGAUUCGGGUACGACGAUGCUCAUGCAGCAGCUACGGCCAGUGUUGCACAGCUCUUGCCAGUCUUCCUGAUGCCCGUAUUGGGUGUGUGUCUUGACCGUUACGGCAAACGAACAUGGAUGAUGAUUAUCAGUGGUGUCAGUUUCCUGUUGUCCAUGAUUUUAUUAGGUUAUACGUCACUAUCACCCAUUAUUGGCAUGUUAUGUUUCAGUGCAAGUUUGUCGUUGGGUCCGGUCGGGUUGGUGUCUUCGGUUCCCGUCAUUCUUCCGCUGUCCCUCGUUGGCACUAGCAUGGGAUUGAUUAAAUCCGGGACGAAUAUUGGCGCAUCUUUGUUUGAUAUGGCCACGGGAUUCAUCCAGGACGCGGAUCGGCAUAAAGGCUACAGUGGCAUCAUCGUCUUUUUCAUUGUCAUUGGUGCGCUGUCGGUGAUUUGCGGUAUUAUUCUGUGCGUCCUCGAUUACACCGUGUACGAUCGUAUUUUGGAUCGCAACGCACGUCAAGCCAGACUAGCCGAUGAACAGAAAAUCAAUCACCCGAUGGGAACCAUGCGCGAGAAAUUAAAAAUCAACUAUUUAUACGCUGGUAUUUACGUCGCACUAGCCGUUCUCAGUUGGAUACUUUUCGUUCGAUUCGUCUUUCUUUCCUAACCUGCCACAGAAUUCCCUUUUUACCCUGCUCUUUUCUAUUACCCAUUCAUACAAGAUAUAUGUAACCUAUAUUCCCUUACCCUACCCCCUUUUUUCUUCUGUUACUUGCUAUAUUUGUUAAAUAACAGUCGUCAUAAUUUUUCACUGGUGAAUUGGCAGGAAUUUUCAAAUGAACAUCUGAUGUGGAAGAGCGCCACGCGUCACG